AUGUCCAAAUUCAGCUACAUGCGCACGUGGAUUCUCAACCUUAAGGUGACUUUUGAGAGACGUUUAAACCUCAAAUUGGCAACAUUAGCACAGAAAAAUGUACGUCUUAGUAAUGACGAAAUAAAUAUUCAUAUAGCGGAGACUUUCAAAGAAACGGACGAGGAUGAUAAUGAUGAUCUUACUCUUACUCAUAAAUCUACUGGUAGUGAAAAAAUUCCAAAAGACAAUUGUUAUAUUUUAAUCGAACCUGUAUGGAUCAACAAAUUUAUUGAUUUAUCACACGAUUUAAUAAUUAAAGAUAUUAAUGUUUUAAAGGAUCUCUUAGACGAUUUUGAUGAGAAUAUGAACAAUGACAACACAGGUCGAAAAGUGAAAAAUCAGGCAUCAAUCAUAAGUAAUGAUGCUGGUAGUAGUGAAGAUGAUAAUAAAAAUGGGAAAGGCUAUUAUAAUUAUAAUGUAGAUGAUUUAUUAUAUAUUGAAAUUUCUCAUUUAUCAUUCCAGUUUUUUUCUAAUAUUGACGUAAUUCUUAUCCAUUUCUUAACACCACUUGUAUUGUCAUGGCAAAGAUUUCAGAUUUCUCAGUCAUUUACUUAUGAAGAUCAAUUGGUAACAUCAUUUAUUGAGGAUUUGAAAUCUAAUACCACCAGUACUGAUUUUGUAGAGAAUUUAAUUGACAAACCCCAAGUAACAUUACAAUUACUUCUAAGUGAACUCACUGUACUUACAUGGAAACAGUUACAAAAGGCAUUAUCUGUCACCAUUUCUGAAGGAAAUCGAUUUGAAGUUGCAUUUUCUACAGCAAAAACUGCUAUAAAUGUUGCUUUAAAAAUAAAAACUGAUGAAGAAUUAAUUAAGAUACUAAAAGAUUUUAUUGCAGCCAAAUAUGAAAAACAAUCAGAAAGAAAUGAUUAUACUAAUAAUAAUUUAGAAGUGAAUAAUUAUAUAGAAGAUCAAUUGACACAAGAUACUAGCAAUAUAAUUAUUCCUUACAACACUUAA